AUGACUCGAAGACCGUCAGCUCGUGAGGCCGAAAAGGCGAGGAAAAGCAGGGCUCAGGCUGGGAGCUCCGGAGCUGUCCGCACCGGUGAGAUCCACCUAGCUGUGAGUGACGUGCUCGAACAAACCUCUAGGGCUUACGAGACUCCGGCCGGAGGUCUUCCCGCCGACCCAACAUCCAGGGCUAUCUCGCUUAGUUCGCGAGAUUCUGAGAGGACUUCGCAUCCAAAGAAGCAAAGGGUGGAGGAUCCGGCUCCAGACAUGAGGUCGAAUUCCUCGAACGGGUCGGGGGGAACGAUCCCGUAUGGUUGGACUUUCAACCAUACUAAAGGGUGCCCCAUUGCUGAUGAUCCGGAGGGGGUAGCUUUCAUCUUUCGGCACUUCAAGCCUCCGGGUUGCGUGCUUCCUCCAGUUCGGGACAUGGCGGAGCAUGCCACCUACGCUCUUGAGGCUGUCAACGAGUACUCUGCCAUACUUGAGGACAAGUCUCUGACCAUGCCCACCUCCGACGAGCUCGAGGAGAUAAAGAAGACCGUGUUUGACAUUUCAUCGAAGGUCAAGAACGCGGAAGACAAGGAGAAGCGUCUGGAAGCCCAGCUUCGAUCUGCGAAGACGGUGGCGGACUCUGCGAGCCGGCGUGCUGACGAUCUGACCGAGAAGGUGCGUGUCCUCAAAGAGGAGGUCGAUGUGAGGGUCAGGCGGGCUGUUAGGAAGGCGAAGCGGGAGUUCGCUGAGAAGUACCUGGCCAUCUUCCACUCUCUUAAAGACAAGUGGGAGAAGAAGAAGGUCGAAGCUGCAUGUGAGGCCGAGCUCCAAGAGGUGGAAUCCAACUUGGAUCUCAUCAAGGACCUGAUCAGUGGGGCUCUCACGGCUCCGGAUGAGAAAGCUCGCCUCGAAGAGAAGAUUCCUGAGCUUGUCCAAAAGCACGCUGAUGCUGAAGUGUCUGAUUUCUCUCUCGCCAAGCUCGAUCUCCCGCAGAUCUCGGAGGCGUCGGUGAGGCCGAUGGAAGUUGAUCCCAGGACGCAAGUUCCGGUUGGGCUUAAUCAGUUUGGGAGUAACACCGCUGCUGGAGGUGGAGACGAGCUUGUGGAUGACUCGGCGAUCCCAAUGGAGAAAGAUGGUGACGAGAACGAGCCUAAGGAGUAA